CAGCGUGUCUAGCGAAUCACGUGCACUCGCACCUACUUGAAACGUGCAUGCUUACAACAAUACGCGCAGCAGUUAUUGAAAAUAACGCGGACCAUUUGAUUGAUAUUGGUGAAUUUGAAGAUGUAUUUUAUUUUGCGGGCCAAAGUGUAGUGGUUUAUGACAGUUGGGUUGAUUCUGUAUGCUUAGUCCUGCUAGGGGAACAAUAAGGUCCAUUAUUAAAACGUCGGAAUCUGACACGCAAGCUGUCGUCACGUGGCAUGAUCAAAACAAUAAACCUGGGCGCGAGGCGGUGACAUGCUAGGCGCUGAACAGGCCGGUUUGUCAGCGGGGCGGUACGCCCUUGCUUGGGUUUUGGGCCAGGCCAACGUCUGGUACCUGUUGUACAGGUGCGCGCACUACGUGUCUAAAGGGCACACUUUCAGUGGCGAACAACACCGCACCACUUCUAGCUGUUCCAUACUCGAUCAACUGUUCACGUUGGAGGAGGAUCAGUAUCAGGAGUACCCUUAUAACAACCAGAAUUCAACGGAAGGAGUUCGAUCGGGGCCAAGGCUUGCAGAAACACUAAACAAUGGGACUCUUAGUCUGUCUUCGCCGCCUCACAUCAUUUCGCAGCGUGAAAGCCUGCAAAUAAUGCAACCAGUGAGUGCGCCUGGCACACCACCGUCGAGCCCAUGCGUCUCACCCCUUGGCCCGUCAGCGACCCUAGACCCUAACUGGCAGGCCAGCAAAUCAACCGUUCGAGAACGCAACGCCCUCAUGUUCAACAACGAUCUGAUGGCAGACGUGCGAUUUGUCGUCGGACCACCUGGACAGGUCCAGGUUAUACCGGCGCACAAAUACGUCUUGGCCAUAGGCAGUUCCGUCUUCCAAGCCAUGUUCCACGGCGGACUAGCCGAAUGUAAAGAGGAAAUCGAAGUCCCAGACGUGGAACCCUCCGCAUUCCUUGCCAUGCUCAAAUAUUUGUACUGUGAUGAAAUACAAUUGGAAGACGACAACGUUCUAGCCACACUGUAUGUGGCAAAAAAAUACAUAGUUCCACAUUUGGCAAAAGCCUGCGUAACAUUUCUGGAGACUAGUCUAACGGCAAAAAACGCAUGUCUGCUGCUUAGUCAAUCCAGACUGUUCGAGGAGCCGGAACUAAUGCAACGAUGCUGGGAGGUUAUUGAUGCCCAGGCUGAAAUGGCGUUAAAAUCGGACGGUUUCGUUGAUAUCGAUAUAUCGACGCUUGAAUCGGUUCUAGCACGCGAAACCUUAAACUGCAAAGAGAUGAACGUUCUAGAGGCAGCAUUAAAUUGGGCGAUGGCUGAGUGCAACCGUAGAGACAUUGAGCCCACGCCCCAGAAUAAGAGGGCAGUCCUGGGCGCCGCUCUCUACCUCAUCCGUAUACCGACGAUGACGCUUGAAGAGUUCGCCAACGGUGCCGCACAAAUUGGCAUACUCACGCAACAAGAGACCAUAGACAUAUUUUUUCAUUUUACGGCAAACAAUAAGCCACUGCUCCAGUACCCAAUCAAAGCCAGAACCGGAUUAAAAUCACAGGUGUGCCACAGGUUUCAAUCGUGCGCAUACCGUUCGAAUCAGUGGAGAUACAGAGGUCGCUGUGAUAGUAUCCAGUUUUCAGUGGACCGUCGUAUCUUCGUUGUCGGCUUUGGGCUAUACGGAUCUUCUAAUGGAGCAGCGGACUACUCGGUGAAGAUCGAGUUAAAACGACUGGGUCGGGUGCUGUCCGAGAAUAACACCAUGUUCUUUUCGGAUGGUUCGAGCAAUACAUUCCACGUGUACUUUGACAAUCCAAUUCAGGUAGAGCCAGAAACGUUCUACACGGCUUCGGCGGUUUUAGAUGGUAGCGAAUUGAGUUAUUUUGGUCAAGAAGGUAUGAGCGAGGUGACUGUGGGACAAGUGACGUUUCAGUUUCAAUGUUCGAGCGAAAGCACCAACGGGACCGGUGUUCAAGGGGGACAAAUUCCUGAACUGAUUUUUUAUGGACCCUCACAUGAAGAACACUAGGACGUACGAAAUCGUCGAACAGUGGACAUUCUAACAAGCAAAACGUUUAUUUUUGUGAUUAUACAUUGGACCUUUCAUUAUGUUACUUAGACAAAAGUUAAACUGGAUAUCUCCAAAAGACACUGUGUUCAAAUAAUUGUAAAUAUAUUUUUCGGAAAUGUUAAUUUAAUUUUUAAGUAAGCCACUCCAAGUCGACAAUUCCAGGUGAUAUUCAUUAAAAUAUAUUCAAUUUAGAAUACUCUUAAAUAAAUAAAUAAAUAAUAACAAUUGUGUACCUGGAUUCUGAUGAUAUAAGUCAUUUACUGUUAUAUACCCGCUUUUCUCAAAAUGUACAUUUACUGGACUACUAAUACCUGUAGAUAUGAUAGAAAGAGCAUGUUAGACCUUAUGAAUGCUUAAAAAUCUAUAUUACAGAUUGUUUUUUUAGGAGUUGUUGUGCUUAUGUCAGUCAAUUUUUGUUUCUGUUUUGUGAUAAACUAUGAUAAAUUAUUUUAUAAAUAUAUCUAUAUAUCUUCUA